AGGCGGGAGGCGGGGCCCUAAGUUUUACUUGAAGUCCUAAGUGGACUCGCCAAGCGUAAGAAAGAGCGCAGUGGGCGGGACUGUGAAGCGCGGGUUCUUUUUCCCCCUUCCAACCGCCACGGUAGUUUGAGUGGGUGGGGCCAAUGUCCAGAACUCAGGCUCCGGCACAGAUCCUAGUUGUGCCGCCUGGUCUUGACUUCCUGCAGUUCCGGCGGACUCUUAAGGAUUCAACUCUCCGGCUGGAAAUGAGUCUCCCUGACGUUUCGCUGCGAAGGAGCCCGGUUCGCCAUGAACCCUCACUCGAUUGGCCCCCGACACCUGACGCCCUGAGGCCUUCACCUUUCCCACAUCCCUUGCUACAAGCCCUAUAUGGCUUAUCCCGCAAGCUGCUCUUCCCAGCCUACUGGUCUCUGGACCAACUGCUGGGCUGCUGGGCACCAAUGGCACGAUCCAGUAGUCUGGGGUGGCUCAAAGUCCUGGCAGGAAGUGGGGCGGCGUUGCUAUCGCUGAUGGUAGUCGGCCUACCCCUGGUGCUGUUUGGCCUUGUACUCUGGCUGCCCCUACAGGUCUGGCGCCGCCCCUUCUGCUACCAGCCCCCUCCAUCCUGCUGGGUUUGGCCACAGCCCUGGCACCCGCCUGCUGAGCGCGUGCGCUGCUUUGCCUUUUUCACUGCCAAUCUGUGCCUGCUCCCUGACGGGCUGGCACGCUUUAGCAACCUGUCGCACAGCCAACAGCGCGCGGAGGCCAUUGGUGCUGUACUGCUAGGUAGCCUUCGAACGUCACACUAUGGGGCUACUGGAUGCAGCCAGCCGCUGCCUGUGGUGCCUGGCGGUGAGCUGAGGGCCACAAUACCUACGGGUUUGGACUUCGUGUGCCUGCAGGAAGUGUUCGAUCUCCGCGCAGCUCGUCGUCUUGUGCGCGUCCUGGCGCCAAAUCUGGGCCCAGUCCUAUACGAUGUGGGCACAUUUGGCUUAGUGCCCGGGCCGUACAUCAAGAUACUGGGCAGUGGACUUCUACUGGCCUCGCGCUACCCGCUUUUGCGUGCCACCUUCCGGUGCUUUCCUAACGCUCGUCGCGAGGACGCCAUGGCCUCCAAAGGUCUACUUUCCGCCCAGGCACAACUGGGCAUCUUGGAUGGGCGCCGUAUCGUGGGAUACCUUCAUUGCACACACUUGCAGGCACCCGUUGAAGAUGGGCAUGUUCGCUGCAAACAGCUGUCACUGCUCCUGGAAUGGGUGGAGGAGUUUGAGGCCGAGAGCAGCCAGAGUGGCGAGGCUGUAGCCUUCAGCGUCCUACUGGGAGACUUCAACUUCGACAACUGCUCACAAGGUGAGAAGCUGGGGCAGGUGGAGCCGAGAGACCCAGACCUGCCUGCUAAGAAGCGGUUUUCUUCUACAGAUCACGCAAAGGAACAGGGGCACAGGCUCUUCAGCUGUUUCCACGACCCCUGCCGGCUAGGCACCUGUCAGGAGCAGCCCUGGGCCUUGGGGACAAUUCUGAGCACUUGUAAGCUACACCACGCCAUUGCCAGCUCCCCAGAGAUGCUUCGGAGGGCCCUGGAGGAAGAAAAAGGGCGCCGCCUCUACCUGGCAGGACCCCCUAGUGGAAAUCACUCAGAUAAAUCAUGGCAGGGUCGGCGCCUGGACUAUAUCACCUACCGCGGAAUACCUGGGAGUCGCCUGAGUCCAGAGGUGGAGCAGGUGACUUUCAGUACUGCGCUGGCUGGGCUCACAGACCACUUAGCUGUGGGCCUGAAGCUUCAAGUUGUGUGCUCCUGACUCUGGCACACAAAGGGACGACAAGUGAGAAAGGCCACCAAUAACCGUGCGACUGAAG